AUGUCAACUGCUUCAACUGCUUCUUCCACACCCAUCCAAUCUUACACACCCCCAUUGCCCGGGAAAGGGCCGCUUGAGGUUGACGGGUACGGCUCUGUGCAGUCCGAGAAACACGGGAGGACGCUGGCCGCAGAGGGUCAAGACUUCGCUCUUGUCGAUGGCUCAGCAAUUGAGACGGUGCCGGUCGUGGCCACGGUUGUCGAUCCCAAAUUGACGUGCGGUUUGUUCAAUAGUGAGCUCGUUGGUGUUAUCCAGUACCCUGAUUUGCAGGCUGCCACUCCAAAUACCAUCAAGACCGUCUUUUUCUUUGCCGCAUUCGCCGAUUCGACAGCUGCCAUGGGCCCUGGUGCGCAGGAGGACCACGAAGAUCUACGGGCCGAGUGGGUGGACUUUCAGAUUGCCAGCCAGCGGUUACGCUUCCGUCCAGAAAAAGAAGCCAUGUGGAAGGUUCGACAGGACAUGGCGAGAUCAGGGCUUUAG